CCACGCGCAAGGGUUGUGGGAGAAGAUAAUAAAUAGGGGGAAGGAAGGAGGGAGAAAGAAAGGGUGAGUGAGACUGUGAGAGAUGGUUGUGCCACGUGGGACGCUUCCUGGCGUACAGCCUUGGCAUCAUUCCUAAAAAAUUCCCCCAUUUUUUUCCCCAUUGCCUAUGGCGCUCCUCUUCCUCCUCCUUCACGUUCACUUCCACCAUUUCUUUUUUUCCCACUUUUUCUUUCCUUUUUUUCUCUUUCUCUUUAGAUCAACCCCAUAUUCAUAUUAUCAUCAUUCUUCCUUUGAUCAAAAUAUGGCCUCACCCAAUCAAGCAGAGAGAGAAAACAGAAAAAAGAUUCAGUCUUUUCCUUUCUUUUGACAAUCCCCAUUUUUCAGGUACUUUUUUUUUCCUUUUUUAAGCUUUGGAUUUAUUUAUUUCUGACUAACCCCGAUUUGGGUUUCUUUUAUUGAAUCUAAGGAACUGCUAUAUUUGGAAGCUUUGCUGGUUUUUAUUUCAGUUGUCGUUAAUGAAUUUAGUUGAGUUGUAGCUUUUUUGUUUGCUUAGCUGGAUUCAAUUUAGGUUCUUUUUACUUUCUUUGGCUUUUUGGUGUUUGAAAAUUUGAGAGAUUUGAUGAUUUCUGGUACUCUUUUUGAGUUACCAGAUGGAGAAUCAAUCUGUUCCUGGUGUCAAAAUUUGAGAACUUGUAUAUUGGUUUUCAUUUUGGGUAGAGUUUUCGGCACUGUUGAGUUACAUGAUGUGAGCUGAAAACCUUCCCAUGUGUAAUAAAGGAAUAGUUAAUCAUCAACAGCAGAAUAAUAGUCAAGCUGUGUAUUUGAUGGAUUCACCUUCAUCAACCCCGGCAUCUGCCCUGCCUUCCUCCACCCCUGGUUCUAAUGAUGAAACCCCGCGUGUAAAAUUCUUGUGUAGCUUCUUGGGUAGCAUUUUGCCUCGACCCCAAGAUGGUAAAUUGAGGUAUGUUGGUGGAGAAACGCGAAUUGUGAACGUGCCGAGAGAUAUUAGUUAUGAGGAGUUGAUGAGUAAGAUGAGGGAGCUAUAUGAUGGAGCUGCAGUGAUGAAAUAUCAGCAGCCAGAUGAGGAUCUUGAUGCUUUAGUAUCAGUUGUGAAUGAUGAUGAUGUGACUAACAUGAUGGAAGAGUAUGAGAAGUUAGGUUCAGGCGAUGGGUUCACUAGGCUUAGGAUUUUUUUAUUUUCGCAACCUGACCAUGAUGGUUCAUCACAUUAUGUUGAUGGGGAUGAGAGGGAGACUGAGAGGAGGUAUGUGGAUGCUUUAAACAGUUUAAAUGAGGGUUCUGAAUUUAGGAAAUGUGACUCUCCUGUGAUGGCUCCAGUUUCCGAUGAUAUUCAUUUAGCAGAACAAUUCUUUAACAAUAUGAGUAUUGAUGGUGGUCUUCAUAGCCAAAGGAGUGGUGAGAUGUCGAUGCCACCAUAUAAUUUGCAUGAUCUUACUAUCCCUCAUAUGGGGUCUGGGCAACUCCAACAACCAGUUCCUCAGAGAUACAAUGAAAUGGAAGGUCCAUGGAGUCCUGCUUACUAUUCUCCUAGGCACCAUGGACAUCAUGAUCCCAGGACACUAUCAGAGUUUCCACUUUCACCAUCUUCUGCUCGUUACCGAGUCCCAUUUCCUGAAUUACCAGACAAAUGCUUGGAUAGAAUGCCUGAAGACUAUGUGCGGCAGCAACUAAAUCAUCCCCAAUAUGAACACCAGCCACAGUUUUCAGAUAAUGUAGUAUGGAUGCCAACUGGAGCUAUUUCUGGUGAUAAGGCUUGUGGUUUCCCUGGUAACAUACUUCAUAGUCACGGUGUUUAUGAAGGGAACCACAUUUGCGAGCAUUGCAGGGCUGCUUUAAGCAGAAAUCAACCACCACAUUUGGAGCAUCCCAACGUGGGAAAUGGUGUUCUUAAGCUUAAUAAUCCAUGUGCUGAAUGCCCGCCAACCCGGGAAGCUUUCAUGCUGAAUGCAGAUGGAAAAUUGCAUCUUGGGUUUUAUUCCAAAGAUCAAACUGAUCCCCAUUCUGCUUAUGGUGAAACACACGGUCAUGAAAGAGGAUGGAUUUUGCAGCACCAAUUGAACCCUCGUGUUGAGGAAGCAAGAAAUCAUGCACAUGGAGCUGGAAGAUUGAAUGACCAGUAUGUUCUAGAUGGUGCUGGCGUGAAUUUACCUCUUGGGCAUGCUAGCUUAGCGGAUGGCCAUCAUCUUCCCUCAAAUUAUGCUCAUCACCGACCUGGAUCUGAAUUGGGGAAUGAAGUGUUUCAUGAUCAAGCUGUGGUUGCUUCACCUUUCAUGCACAUUCCUCCUGAAGAACGAGGUGUCCGCUAUGGGAAUUAUCCUUACCCAUAUGGAGGAGAUAAUGUUUACCAGGCAUCACAUGGACAUGUACAUGUACAUGCGCAGUCUUUAUGGAGAAACAUUCAGAACCCAACUCAUGGUGCUCCUGCAUAUGAAGCGUCUGGCUUACCCCAGCAAGUAAAUAGUGCAGUUAGCUCAGCAUUUUUGAAGGGUCCAGCGGAAGGUAGUGCAAGGCUUUGUGUUGCAAUAGAUAAUCAAAAUCCUUGGGUUGAGUCUUCGCAAAAGAUGCUGGGUUUUGAUGGGACUGCUGUUCCAGACAAUGCUUAUGCCCAUCCUCUCAAGGUGAACAUUGGUUCUCAUGGUCAGGAAACUCAACACUUUGUCAAUAUGGAACCAGUUCAAUCCCCUCAAGACAUGCUAAAUUUUGCCACUUCCACUGAACCUGUUCAGUUGCCCAAUCAACCUUCAACUUUAAUCCAUGAUAUAUCUGUUUCCAGUGACAAUCCAAAAUCGCGAGAUGAUUCUAACGUGACUGGAACAUUGAGGAUUGAGGACAAAAUUGUUCCCAUAGAAGAUAAAGAAGCAAAUCAUGUAGUGAAGAUGGAAAAGUCUGAUGUUCCAAGUAUGUGCUGUCCAGAGCAAAACAAAAUUACUGAAAAUGAAUCUAAAAUAGCAUCCGUUGAGUCCAGCAUUUCAAAUUGCUUAAAAUUUGCUGAAAAGGGUGGUGAGCAAGCAAAACCUGGUGAAAAAGAUCCUAGUGCUGCUGAAAAUUCAAAGCUAUCUGUAAACUGUUUGAGUUUCAUACCAGAGUUUGUUGCUUCGGUUAAGAAAGCAGCUUUGGAAGAUGUUGAAGAAAUGAAAGCCAAAGUUGAAGAUGGUGCCUCCGUUGAAGGUGAUGCAGUUGAAAAAGAAGCGGCUGCAAGUGAAUAUGAAUCAAUGAAUGCCUGUGGCAAGUUGGAACUGGAUUCUGAUAAUGACAACAUAACCCUUUCCAAAAUUGAGCCAACAAAGGCUGAAGAAGAGGCUAUUGCAAGAGGGUUACAGACGAUAAAAAAUGAUGAUCUAGAGGAGAUCCGAGAAUUGGGCUCUGGAACAUAUGGGGCAGUUUAUCAUGGCAAAUGGAAAGGUUCUGAUGUAGCAAUCAAGAGAAUUAAAGCUAGCUGCUUUGCAGGGAGGCCUUCUGAAAGAGAACGUUUGAUUGCGGAUUUCUGGAAAGAAGCUUUGAUAUUGAGUUCAUUACAUCACCCGAAUGUUGUUUCUUUCUAUGGUAUAGUUCGUGAUGGUCCUGACGGAACUUUAGCUACUGUUACUGAAUUCAUGGUUAAUGGAUCCUUGAAGCAGUUUUUACAGAAGAAGGACAGAACUAUUGAUCGUCGUAAGAGACUUAUCAUAGCCAUGGACGCUGCAUUUGGAAUGGAGUAUUUGCAUGGAAAGAACAUUGUACAUUUUGAUUUGAAAUGUGAAAAUCUGUUGGUAAAUAUGAGAGAUCCACAGCGUCCAGUGUGCAAGAUUGGUGAUUUGGGCUUGUCGAAAGUCAGACAGCAUACGUUAGUUUCAGGAGGUGUUCGUGGAACUCUACCGUGGAUGGCACCUGAGCUUUUGAGCAGUAAAAGUAAUAUGGUAUCCGAAGAGAUUGAUGUCUACUCUUUUGGGAUCGUUAUGUGGGAGUUACUAACUGGCGAAGAACCUUAUGCAGAUAUGCAUUGUGCUUCUAUAAUCGGGGGAAUUGUAAACAACACAUUACGUCCAAAAACACCAUCAUGGUGUGAUCCUGAAUGGAAGGCUUUGAUGGAAAAGUGUUGGGCCUCUGAUCCUGCAGAGAGACCUUCAUUUUCAGAAAUAUCUCAGAAGCUGAGAAACAUGGCUGCUGCAAUAAAUGUAAAAUAAAUCCAAUCCUGAAGUAUGGAUUUCACUUUCUCGCUAUCAUACUGGGAAAAAGAAAAAUAGGAGUCCCAGUUACUGCAUUUUAAGGUCAUCUACUGGUUAGGCUAAUAAUACACUACUAUGCCUUGGUUCUUCUGUAAUGGAUCGCUUAUGGUACUGCCACGAGUUCUUUCAAGAGUGCAAACACAUACAUUUUAGGGUGACUUAUACUCAGGGAGACUACAUUAUACGCAGAGGAGAGCCAUGAAAGCUCAAUUGGGAUGUUUCAACUUCCCUACUCAGGACUGUUGCUAUUUUGAAUGCGAUCAAGAUGGUGGUACUAUGGGUGAAUGCAUCUACCAUUUGAGGUGGGACUUUUUUUUUUUUAAAGAUUUGUAUAUAAGUUUAUGGUAAUUAAUAUUGCAUAGCACAUAUUGAACUUCAGAUAAACUAGGAGCCAAAUUUGUUAUUAAUCAUUUUGCCAUUAUUAUUAUAUUAUUAUUAUUAGUAAACCAAGAGGUCAUAUUUAUAUGGUGUAAAUUGGGUUUUCAGAUGUAUAUGAUUAUUUGCCCAGGCUGGUCCCCUAUCUUAUACUGA